CUGCGUUUUGGUUUUUAAUUCACGAGCGCUCUGUUGGAAGCUGUAGAAGAAGAGGCGUCAGUUUGUCAAGUUUUUCGGGUUUUCCUGAAAGUUUUUCGGGUUUUACUGAUCAUUUAAUCUCAUCUGCCGACGGUGUGGAAGUAAUAUGCAAGCUAUGAGAAACCUUUUCCGGGCUCCCUGGUCCUCUGACGUGAGGCUCGAUGGUCAAACUGCGGUGAUUACAGGCGCCAACUCCGGCAUCGGCAAAGAGACAGCCAUCGACCUGGCCAAGAGGGGAGCCAGAGUGAUCUUGGCAUGUCGAGAUAUGGAGAAGGCACAGGCAGCUGUAACUGAAAUCAUCGAAAGCUCUGGCAGUGACAGUGUUCUCUGCAUGAAACUCGAUUUAUCAGACAGCAAAUCUAUCAGAGAGUUUGCUGAAGCUAUCAAUAAAAAUGAGCAAAAACUUAACCUCCUCAUCAACAAUGCAGGUGUGAUGGUUUGUCCGUACGGGAAAACUGCAGAUGGCUUCGAAAUGCAGAUUGGAGUCAAUCACUUUGGACAUUUCCUGCUGACAUACUUGUUGCUUGAUCUAAUCAAAAGAUCAGCCCCGGCCAGAAUCAUAAACGUGUCUUCGAUGGCUCAUUCCUGGGGCUCCAUCAAUCUGGAGGACAUCAACAGUGAGAAGAGCUACAACAAGAACAAAGCUUACGCUCAGAGUAAACUCGCUAACGUGCUCUUCACCCGCUCACUGGCUAAAAGAUUAGAAGGUACCGGUGUGACCACGUACUCCCUCCAUCCUGGGGUCGUUCGGACAGAUUUGUGGCGCCACCUGAGCGCUCCUGAGCGGUUCUUCAUAAAUCUAGCCAAACCUUUCACCAAAGACUCGACCCAGGGAGCUCAGACUACCAUUUACUGUGCAGUGGAGCCGUCUCUGGAGAAGGAGAGUGGUGGAUAUUACAGUGACUGUGCUCCUGCCAACACCUCCGCUGCUGGGAAAGACGAGCUGGCAGAGAAGCUGUGGGAGCUGAGCUGCAAGAUGCUCUCCUUGACAUGGGAAUAAGGCCUUCCCUCUGUUGCUUUACUGAUUGUUACUUCAUUCCUUUAAUAACGCACACUAACUAAAAUCAUGAUCUUAUUAUUUAACUGCUCCCUGUUGCACAGCAUUUUCCCUGCUGUGUUUGUAUAUGUGUUUAAUAUGUUAAUAUGAGGUUUUACUAACCCCUCCCCGCCCCCACUUUGAUGAAUGAUUUUAAUAUUUGCAGCGAUAAAGUUUAUAAAGUAAUUCAGUCUUUUUUUGUUGGUCUUCCAUGUUUCAGGGUUAGACUACAUCCAGGUUUAUAAAAGGAGCAUCCUUUUAUCCAUUAGUUUGGUUAUUACAGGUUUAUCCAGGCACUUCGUGAAAAUUGAUUUCCUGUCAUUUUGAAUGCUUUUCUAAAUUAAAGAUUUGAAUUUACAAAUGAGUCCAAAUUAGAAAGCUAUGAGAUAUUCACCUUGUUUAUACUUUAUUAGCUUCUCUGCACGUUGAGCUACAUUCACUUAACCUAUUCAGAUGGGCAGGAGAGUAUUUUUUUCAUUUAUCAAAAUGAAAAGCUGAAAACACUGAAAUAUUGAUUUUUCAAAAAUACUGGAGCAUCUUGAAUCUUUCCACAUGUUGAUUACAUUUCAAUGUGUUUUAUGUGCUGGACCAACACAAGAAGCAUAUGAGACAUUUCCUUAUUGCCCCUGCAGUGGUUAAAUUCACAUCUCACACAAGACUAAGAUGACCGACUUCCAAUCCUUUUUCUAAGUUAUUCAUCAGAGCUCAUGUCAAUUUGCAGCAUCAAGUCUUCUCCUGUGGUCCAAGCCCCAAAGAACUUAUAUAAUGUCAAUAAAAAUCUUUAU